ACUGGCCUAUCCAGCGCGGACUUGUGUCAACUCCGCGGAAGACCAUGGUCCUGGAAGUGAUUAUGGGUGAGAGCGUGCUCCUGCUGCAGUUGCGGUCAUCAUGACUACGCCCGCCUCCCGCAGACAAUGUUCCAUGUUUCUUUUAGGUAUAUCUUUGGAAUUCCUCCCUUGAUCCUUGCUCUGUUACCAGUAACUUCAUCUGAUUGUGAUAUUAAAGGUAAAGAAGGUAAAGAAUUUGAGCAUGUUCUAAUGAUCAGCUUCAAUGAAUUGGACAAAAUGAUAGAAGUUGAUAGCAACUGUGUAAACAAUGAAUCUAACUUUUUUAAAAGACAUUCAUGUGGUGAUUCAAAGGAAGCUGCUUUUCUAAAUCGUGCUGCUCGCAAGUUGAACCAAUUUCUUAAAAUGAAUAUGAGUGAGGAUUUCGAACUCCACUUAUCAAGAAUUUCAGAAGGUACAUUAAAAUUGUUGAGCUGCCCCAGCAAGGAAGAAAAAAAUGUAAAGGAACAGAAAAAGAAUGACCCAUGUUUUCUAAAGACAUUACUACAAAAGAUAAAAACUUGUUGGAAUAAAAUUUUGAGGGGCAAUAAAGAACACUGAAAAGUAUGGAGUGGCAAUAUAGAAACAUAAAAAUAGUUCAAGGAUGGAUCUGCUAAUGCAAUUUUUCAGGAUAGAAAGCCUCCUAGAAGUUACUGAAUGCAUUCUGAUAAGAAUGAUCGAAAGGAUUGAGAAAUCCAUAUUGUAGUACCAGAAGAUGUACAUAAACAAUGGAAGCUGAAUGCUGCAAUCAACAAACUAUUUCAUAUGUAUGUGGACAUAUGUCAUUUGAUACUGAGACUGUACUGAUUUUGUAAGACAAUCAUGUAAGGUAUUGGCUGCAAUAAUACUUUCUAAACCUGUAUGAAUAUUUCAGGAGAAAACAUCAAAUCUAUGAAGUAUAUAAAGUUUAUAAAGAUUCAAAAUUAAAAUUGUUUUAUUAUCAAAGCAA